AUGGCUACCGGGGGGACAGUGCCCUGCCCAUCUGCCGCGACAAACACCCACCCGCCCGCUGACACACUAACAGCCCCUCUUUGUGUGGCUGAAAGGCGAACCCCGCUUGCCCCCGCCCACCCCGUCUCCAUUGGCGGGACUGGGUCAGGUGGGGAGGAAACGCCGCUUAAUCUGCCCAUCGCGUGCCACCGGCCACGGCCUGGCCUCUUUGUGUCUGGCACCCCUCGGAUCGCGCCCUCCCUUCCCUCGCUCCCUUCCUCCCUCCCUCCGCCCCCUUCAUCUGUCUUUGCCCCUCCGUCACAACCCAGUUUCUCCACGCCCAAGACGGUGGCAGCCUCGCCCUCGUCGGACUUUCCUCCGGUUUAUCGCCACUGCUCGCUCGUCAACAUGUGGAUAUGCGUUGGGCUCCUUGCUGCUCUUUUCGCCUUCGUCCUCCCUCAGGAGCCUGUCUCUUACUCGUGCACUGAAGGCUACACAUAUGAUAGCGUCAGAGAGCAGUGCAAAGAUAUUGAUGAGUGCGAAGUGCUGGACGACGCCUGCAAAGGGGGUAUGAAGUGCAUCAACCACUUCGGCGGCUACCUCUGCCUCCCCAAGAGCGCCCUCAUCGUCAUCACCAAGGAGGGCGAGGAGACCCCCGACCCCCCCGCGCUGCCCGUUGUGCCACCGCAGCAGCCUCCGAGGAUUUUUGACCAGGUCACCCGGGUGUCCCACGCUGGCCGCUCCGCCGUCCGCUGCUCGACCGGAUUUGCGCCGGACGAGCACAACGUCUGUAGAGACGUAGACGAGUGCACGUUGGGGCAAAACGCUUGCGGGCCCGAACAGACCUGCUUCAACAGCCGGGGCUCGUACAGCUGCCACUGUCCGGCCGGAUAUCAGAGGAGCAGAGACCAAUGUGUAGACAUUGACGAGUGUGCGUUGUCCCGCUACUGCAUGCACUCGUGUGUCAACGCUCAGGGCUCGUACUACUGCCAGUGCAAUGCGGGUCACCGCUUGGCCUCCAACAACCACAGCUGUGUCGAUAUCAACGAAUGUGAGACGCAGAGUCCUUGUCAGCAUCACUGCUACAACCUGGUGGGCUCCUUCUUGUGCCGGUGCGAGCAGGGCCACGAGCUGGCCCCGGAUUCGGUCUCCUGCCAAGAUAUUGACGAAUGCAGCUUCUCCAGCUACAUGUGUCAGUACCAGUGCGUCAACAGCCCGGGGAGUUACUCCUGCGAGUGCCCCGAGGGAUACCAGCUGCAAGGCAACCGCUUGUGUCAAGACAUCAACGAGUGCGAGACGGGCACUCACAACUGCCAAGACGACGAGAUGUGCUGGAACUACUACGGCGGCUUCCGCUGUUACCCCCGCAACCCUUGCGAGCCGCCUUACACGCAGUCUUCGGAAAACCGCUGCAUCUGCCGCUCUCAGACGGACUGCCAGGGCUUGCCGCCGUCCAUCGUCUACAAAUACAUGAGCAUCCAGGCCGAGCGACCCGUUCCCGCCGACAUCUUCCAGAUUCAGGCGACCAACAUCUACGCUAACACGCACAACACCUUCCAGAUCAAAGCCGGGAACGAAGCAGGGGACUUUUUCCUCCGGCGUUCCAGCAACGUUAACGCCAUGCUGGUCCUGACCAAACCCCUGACGGGCCCCCGGGAGUACGUGGUGGACCUGGAGAUGAUCACGCACCACCUGACCAUGAACUACCACUCCAGCUCUCUGCUGAGGCUCACCAUCAUCGUCGGGGCAUACGCCUUCUGA